ACAAAAGUGAGCGCUGUGUUUCUCAACGGAGCUUUUAAUGUAUUGGACUGUCAACAAGGAAUAUGGCGUCGCCAUCUACUUAACUGAACUCGACUCGACGUUACAGAUGGAAGGUGAAAGCUUUUGUCGGUGUUAAAAAAAAAGAUCGUCAGAGCAGCUGGAGGCCGAACACAGAGCUGCAGUGACGUCAUGGUGCUGAAGGUCUUCUUCCCGCAGUGCUGUAACCGUGCCGACAGCGGCCUGCUGGUCGGCUGCUGGAUCUCCGGCCAUGACUCCGCCGUGGUGCUGGCUGUCAUCCACUACCCGUUCAUCCCCGGGCAGGUCAAACAGUACAUCCAGCAGAUGCAGGCGCAGAGUGGGGUGGAGCUGUCCGUGCUGGGCUCGUGGAGUCUACCCAAAGAGGGUCAGGAGGGCAUGGAGAGCUUCCUCAGAGACCUGAGCACCAUCUUUCCCCAAGAACGCUGGCUGCAGAUUAACCGUGAGCUGGGCAAGACCGGCUUCACCUGCCAGCUCCUCCACCGGGACCAGAAUGGACGAGUCAUUCAGCCGAAGAAGAAGGUUGAGAAGCGUGACGGAGGGGCUGGAGGUAAUGGAGAAGAGCAGCAGAAGGAGGAGGUGGAGGAGGAGAAGGUGAUCUUCGUCCACUACGAGCAACGGAAGGUGAUGCUGUCUCAGCUUCACCCUGUCCAGAACGGAGUCCCCGACCCCAAAACUGAUCCACCGUCUGAGCUGAGACAGAUGUUCCAGACGGUGGCCGGCAGCCAGCCUCUGUUCUUCCUGGACCGGUACGACGACGGGCCGCUGAAGUCGACUCACUGGCAGACUGAAGGUCGGGAGGCCAGCAUCAUCGUGGAGCUGUUCAAACAGGCCUCCGUACCGCUCUGCAUGCUCAUCAGCUGGCUGCUCUCCAUCUGGACCUGGAUUUGUAACAUCCGGCUCUUCAGUCUCUACCCGAUACGCUUCCUGUCCAGUAAGCUGUCCACCUGCGUCCAGCUCAGCUACAGAACCGAACACAUGAGAACGCUGAGCUCGCCCAAACCCGCUGCCGGACACACUCAGUUCAUGAGGAAAGCAAACAUCGUGGUGUCGUUCCUGGUGGACGUGGCUCUCGGCAUGCUGCUCAUCUGGUGGCUCUACAGAGACAACCACAUCAGCAUGCUGGCCAACACACUGGUGCCUGCAGCCGAUCAUGUGGCUAAAGAGCUGGAGCAGCUGCUGCAGUGGCUGAUGGGAGCUCCUGCAGGGCUGAAGAUGAAUCGGGCUCUGGACCAGGUCCUGGGCCGCUUCUUCCUCUACCACAUCCACCUCUGGAUCAGCUACAUCCACCUGAUGUCUCCCUUCAUCGAGGGGAUCCUGUGGUACGGAGGCCUGUCUGCAUGCUUCGGCCUGACCUUUGCCCUCUCACUGCUCUCUGACAUGGUUGCGCUGCUCACCUUCCACAUCUACUGCUUCUACGUCUACGGAGCCAGGUUGUACUGUCUGAAGAUCUACGGCCUCUCGUCUCUCUGGAGGCUCUUCAGAGGGAAGAAGUGGAACGUCCUGCGGCAGAGGGUGGACUCCUGCUCCUACGACCUGGACCAGCUCUUCAUCGGGACGCUGCUGUUCACCGUCCUGUUGUUCCUGCUGCCUACCACGGCGCUCUACUACCUGGUCUUCACUCUGCUGCGGCUGGUGGUGGUGCUGUUCCAGGGCGUGCUCCACCUCAGCGUGGACUUCAUCAACUCCUUCCCUCUGUUCGCUGUGGGGCUCCGCAUCGCUCGCUCCUACAGACUGGCAGAGGGAGUGAAGUUCAGGGUGCUGUGUGAGGAGCCUGGAACGGCUCUGCACCUGAUGAUGGAGAUUAACCCUCUGAAGUGCAGCACAGUGGUGCAGACCUACCGCACACCGACAUACAGCUGUUACCCCAAAGACUCGUGGGCCGCACUGGUCAAGAAGCUGUUUGUCGGGGAGCUGAUUUACCCCUGGAGACACAAAACCACCAAGACGGACUGAGAGGAGAGGAGAGGAGAGGAGAGGAGAGGAGAGGAGAGGAGAGGGAAGUGACUGAAUGAGCUUGAAGAAGAACAAAAAAUGAGUCUUAGAAAUGAGUGAACAUGCUGCAAUGUAAGCCACAAAUCUGAACACCAGCAAGUAGUCACGUCCUGUUGAAACCGAUCAUAAACUUUCUAUUCUUUAUUUCAAAUCAUUUUAUUAAGGAAAACUACUUGAGAUUAAGUGUUUUCUUUUGUUGAAGAGCACUUAAAAGAGAAACUUUACCAGUACUCAUUUUUUGUCAUUGCAGUGAAGAUGUGUGCAGAUGAGUGGUGUUUGCCUCUUUUGCAGACUUUUUGCAGAUCCUGCCACUGUUCAUGUGCAAACGCUGCGCACACUGCACAAACACAACACAACACUGAAAGUCUGCAGUUUCCUUUUUAAGCUGCAGUAAGUUACGUCUAUGCAUCAUGUUUUCCAAAAGGAAACUAAACACCAAAGGACCAAAACAAAUUAUCUUAAGUGUGUUUGAAUGUGGGACACAAAGAGUUCACACCAUAAAAAUAAGAUUAAUCUCAAAUCCUCAGAUGAGACAAGAAAGUGAUUCCACGCUUUGACAUUAUUUUUAAAAGCUCAGUGACUUUGUUUUUCGGUGAAAUCUUCACUGUUACAGUAUGAAACUGUUGUCCCACUGACUGAUUAUGAACAGAACGUGACUCUGUCUCGACAGUUAAAAGUUCUUACUGAUAUACAGGUGCAUCUCAAUAAAUAUGAAUAUCAUAGAAAAGUUUAUUUAUGUCAGUAAUUCAAUUCAAAAAGUGGAAAUAACACAUUAUAUAGAUCCAUUACACACAGAAUGAAACAUUUCAUCUCUUCAUUUAUUUAAUUUCUUCUAAUUAUAAUGAUUAUGGCUCACAUUUAAUGAAGACCUAAAAUUCAGUGUCUCAAAAAUGUUAAUAUUACAAAGGACCAAUUUUAAAAAGUAUGUUUAAUAUGGAAAUGUUGGCCUCUGAAAAGUAUGUCCAUCCAUAUGUCUCAAUACUUGGUUGGGGCUAUUUGACUUGAACUACUGGAAGUGGACUUUUCCAUCAUAUUCUAAUUUAAUGAGAUUCACCUAUAUACAGCUCAAGUAGGUAAUUUAUAUAUUUUUUAAUAAUUUAUAAUUCAGUAUGUGCCAUAAAGAAUCCAUAUGUGGCAGCAGAACAAAUAAUGACCAUUUUUGCAGCCCUGAGUUCAGAAACAUCGGGAAAGCAACGACUUGCAAUUUCUUUUUUCGACCAACAUGCAACUGAACACAGAAUAGGAACAAGGCCCGUAAUGCUCAAACUGGUAAACUUGUUUUUUGCAAAUAUUUACUCUCAUUCCGAGUGAAUCCGGCCUGCAGCUCUUCUGUGUGGAGUUUGCAUGUUUCUCUCCUCUGGUUUCCUCCUUGCAGUCUAGGUUUAACUGGUGACUCUAAAUUGCCCGUAGGAGUGAAUGAGAGCAUGAAUGGUUGUAAGGAGACCUGAGACCAGGGUUUCCCCCUCCUCUCGCCCCCCAUGACACAAAUUCAGAUAAGCAGUUAAGGAGAAAUAAUGCAUAUUGUUAUUGACAUCCCAGUGUUUUAGGAAUCAGGGUUGCAAGUUCCAUAAACCAACAGAACAGCAGCAGUGACAUCACACUCACUAUAAUAAAAAUUACAAAGUCAUCCCAUUUUAAACACUCCCUGAGCGUUCCUCUAACGCCACCUUUAGGUCAAAAUGGCAUUUUUUUACACAGUAAAUCACAUGAUAUAAUCUGUAUUUUGUCAUGAAUUAUGAUUCAUGCUCUCCAGAGGAUAAACAUUUUGUUUUAAUAACCCCAUGAACUUUACUGUAGCACUUCAAAACAAACUCUAAGAUAUGAAUCUGGUUCCAUCCUUUUUUUCUGAACUACAAUUAUGGGAUAAUGCUACAGUAAUGGCAGUAACAAAAAGAGUCCUCGAUUCACUGAUAUGAAGUGUAAAGAUUUAAUUUGAGCAUAACCAGAACUGGUAGUUUAUUU